GCCCGCGCGUCCCGGAGUUUUGCAGUCUGCUGGAGCCGGAGCCGGAGCCGGAGCCGGAGCCGGAGCCGAAGCCGAGCGGCGCAUCCGGCCGGGAGAAGUGGCGGACCACCAAUUCCUCGAAAGGGACCAGCUUGCGAAGCGUCCGGGAGAAAGUGCAGCGGACGCGCGGCCAACAGGGGUGGUGGCGCCUGGCCCCCGGCGCCGCGCCGGCCCCCUGCGCCCGGCCCCCAAGGCCCGCGGCAUGGCCCGGAGCCCGGCGCUGCUGCUGCUGUGCGCCCGGGUUCUCUGGGCGGCCGCCGCGCUCUUGCUCUUAGCGCCCCAGACCUCAGGAGAUUCAGAGGUUCUGGAUCUGAAUGACCCUUUGGGACAGCUGGAUGGACCCGACAGCGCUAUUCCAACUCUGAAAGGUUACUUUCUUAACUUUCUGGAGCCAGUGAACAAUAUCACCAUAGUCCAAGGUCAGACUGCCAUUCUGCACUGCAAGGUGGCUGGCAACCCACCCCCCAGCGUGCGGUGGCUGAAAAACGAUGCCCCAGUCGUGCAGGAGCCGAGGCGUGUCAUCAUCCGGAAGACAGAAUAUGGCUCUCGGCUACGCAUCCAGGACCUAGACACAACAGACACUGGCUACUACCAGUGUGUGGCCACCAAUGGGAUGAAAACCAUAACUGCCACUGGCGUCCUGUUUGUGCGGCUUGGUCCAACACACAGCCCAAAUCAUAAUUUUCAAGAUGACGACCAUGAGGAUGGGUUCUGCCAGCCUUACCGGGGAAUUGCUUGCGCUCGCUUCAUUGGGAACCGGACCAUCUAUGUGGACUCCCUCCAGAUGCAGGGGGAGAUCGAGAACCGAAUUACAGCGGCCUUCACCAUGAUCGGCACGUCAACACAUCUGUCAGACCAGUGCUCACAGUUUGCCAUUCCGUCCUUCUGUCACUUCGUGUUCCCGCUGUGUGAUGCUCGAUCCCGGGCGCCUAAGCCUCGAGAGCUGUGCCGUGACGAAUGUGAGGUGCUGGAGAGUGACCUGUGCCGCCAGGAGUACACCAUCGCGCGUUCCAACCCACUCAUCCUCAUGCGGCUACAGCUGCCCAAGUGCGAGGCGCUGCCCAUGCCUGAUAGCCCUGAUGCUGCCAACUGCAUGCGUAUUGGCAUCCCUGCGGAGCGGCUGGGCAGCUACCAUCAGUGCUACAAUGGCUCAGGCACAGAUUACAGAGGGACAGCGAGCACCACCAAGUCAGGGCACCAGUGCCAGCCGUGGGCUCUGCAGCACCCCCACAGCCACCGCCUGACCAGUGCAGACUUCCCUGAGCUUGGAGGGGGGCAUGCCUACUGUCGGAACCCUGGGGGGCAGAUGGAAGGCCCCUGGUGCUUCACAAAGAAUAAAAACGUACCCAUGGAACUGUGUGACAUACCCUCUUGUAGUCCCAGGGACGGCAGCAGGAUGGGGAUCCUGUACAUCCUGGUCCCGAGCAUCACCAUACCCUUGGUCGUCGCCUGCCUUUUCUUCCUGGUCUGCAUGUGCCGCAACAAGCACAAGGCUUCAACCUCCACGCCCCCACGCCGGCAGCUGAUGGCGUCCCCCAGCCAGGAUGUGGAGAUGCCCCUCAUUGGCCAGCACAAGCAGGCCAAACUGAAGGAGAUCAGCUUGUCCAUGGUGAGGUUCAUGGAGGAGCUUGGGGAGGACCGCUUUGGGAAGGUCUACAAAGGCCACCUGUUCGGCCCUGCAUCAGGGGAGCCGGCCCAGGCCGUGGCUAUCAAAACUCUGAAGGACAAAGCAGAGGGGCCACUGCGGGAGGAGUUCCGGCAUGAGGCCAUGCUGCGGGCACGGUUGCAGCACCCCAACAUUGUCUGCCUGCUGGGCAUGGUGACCAAGGACCAGCCCCUUAGCAUGAUCUUCAGCUACUGCUCUCAUGGUGACCUCCAUGAGUUCCUGGUCAUGCGCUCGCCACACUCCGAUAUGGGCAGCACGGAUGAUGACCGCACAGUGAAGUCAGCCCUGGAGCCCCCCGACUUUGUGCAUGUGGUGGCUCAGAUCGCAUCGGGCAUGGAGUACCUGUCCAGCCACCAUGUGGUACACAAGGACCUGGCCACCCGCAACGUGCUGGUGUACGACAAGCUGAGUGUGAAGAUCUCUGACUUGGGGCUCUUCCGCGAGGUGUACUCAGCCGACUACUACAAGCUGAUGGGGAAUGCGCUGCUGCCCAUCCGCUGGAUGUCCCCCGAGGCGAUCAUGUAUGGCAAGUUCUCUGUGGACUCGGACAUCUGGUCCUAUGGCGUGGUCCUCUGGGAGGUGUUCAGCUACGGCCUGCAGCCGUACUGCGGGCACUCCAACCAGGAUGUGGUGGAGAUGGUCCGCAGCCGGCAAGUGCUGCCUUGCCCCGAUGACUGCCCGGCCUGGGUGUACGCCCUGAUGAUCGAGUGCUGGAAUGAGUUCCCCAGCCGGCGGCCCCGCUUCAAGGACAUCCACAGCAGGCUUCGGGCCUGGGGCAACCUGUCUAACUACAACAGUUCAGCGCAGACCUCGGGUGCCAGCAAUGCCACACAGACCAGCUCCCUGAGCACCAGCCCGGUCAGCAACGUCAGCAACGCCCGCUAUGGGGGCCCCAAGCCCAAGGCUCAACCCUUCCCGCAGCCACAGUUCAUCCCCAUGAAGGGCCAGAUCCGACCUCUGGUGCCUCCUCCACAGCUCUACAUCCCUGUCAAUGGCUACCAGCCUGUGCCGGCCUAUGGGGCCUACUUGCCCAACUUUUACCCCGUCCAGAUCCCCAUGCAGAUGGCCCCACAGCAGGUGCCUGCCCAGAUGGUCCCCAAGCCUGGCUCUCACCACAGCGGCAGUGGCUCCACCAGCACAGGGUAUGUCACCACUGCACCUUCUAACACGUCAGUGACUGAUAGGGCAGCCCUGCUCUCUGAGGGCACUGAGGAUGUGCAGAACGUCCCUGAAGAUGCGGCCCAGAGCCCCAUGCAAGAAGCAGAGCAGGAGGAGGACGGCUCUGUCCCGGAGACUGAGCUGCUGGGGGACAAUGACACUGUGCAGAUGGACGAAGCUGAGGUCCAGCUGGAAGCCUGAGGGGUGCAGUGCUGAGAGGCGCUGGUGGGAGAUUUCAACCACCUUGACAGGUGAGCCCCAGGCACUCGAGGUCUGGCUUGCUGCUCUUUCAUCAUGCAAAAUCUCACCUCCAGCAUCCUUUUUGCACAGAGCUGCUGUUUGGCCAUUGUUUGGUCUUAAAGCCAAUGGCACCUCAAAAAUGGUGACCCCCUGUCACCAUUUGUGGCCUGCUUUUCCCUGGAGGAGGAUGGGAGUGAGCAUUGCCUGUGCCUUGAAGGAAAAUGGCUGGUGUCUUACCACCACUGUCUUGCGUGUGGAUCUAAUAUCGCACAACUUUGGGACAGCAGGCCUGCUCAAGGCAGCAAGGUGGGACUUGAGAUUGGUGACUCUUAGCAACUUGCUGUUGGCUAUAGAUGGAGGAGCUGCCUUUCCUUUGGCUGCCCCUGCCAGGGACUGGUGGGAAAGGGGCUUCUGAAAUGGGAGUCCCAUUUUAAGACAAAAUGUGCCUUAAAACAAACCAACACGAUUUUGUAUUUUUGUGAAGUGAUUUGAAUUAUCCUGCAUGUGUAUUUUGCCCACUUUUCUGGCAUUUAAGGGAAAGUAUUUCUUGGGUUUGGAAUGUUACAAAGGAAGCAGUGGUGUACACAGCACUGUAUUGUUUGUUUUCUUGGAAUCAUGUACAGACCUUAAAUGUAAUUUAUAUAAUUUUCGUAUGCCAUUUUCAUUGAAGUAUUUUGAGUUUAAAAUAAUGCCUUAGUAAUUUAACUGUUUACUUUACCCAUCUGGGAUGCUGCCUGAUUGUAUUUUGGUUGCUUGUGUUUGUACCGAUGUAAGAGAGGUCCGUUCAUUUCAGAGCUCCUGUGAGAAGAGGCCCGUGGGCACCCUGCACGGGACACACAGACAGUGCCCGUGUGUGACUCCCACACCUGGUGUCUCCAGUAAAGUGCAACCACAUUAGCUCGGUUCCCUGCAGGUUGUGAGGGUGUCAGGGGUCAGGCAGUGUGGGAUGGGGAGGUGCUGGAUGGUAGUGAUGUGGGCUGAACCCUUUGCAGCCUAGGCUGGACCAGAACCUGAGAAUUCAUGUGAAUGUGGAUGUACGUUGUUAAAUAAAU